CCCCCUGCGGCCCCCCCCUCUUGCACGGAGCCUGCAGCUGGCAGCAGAGGGCUCCCCACAAUGGAGACUGAGCUGCCCGAGUCCCCACCCUCCCCCACACCGGGGCUGCCCCCCGACUCCCCCCAGGAGGAGCCGCCCCCAGAGCUGUCGGGCAGGCCCCCACACCGGCUGCCCCACCAGUGCGCCUCGUGCCAGCGCCGCUUCGCCCAGGCCCACGGCCUCCGGCAGCACCGGUGCUGUCCCCGCGACCCGCCCGCCCAGAGCCCGGCCGGCGGUAAAUCCCACCGGUGCCGCUCCGGUGCCAAGCGUGGGCACCAGUGCCUGGUGUGCGGGAAGCAGUUCAAAUUCCCCUACUACCUGGCGCGGCACGGCCUGACCCACGGCGGGCAGAAGCCGUUCCAGUGCCCGGUGUGCCACAAGGCCUUCCGCCGCCCGGCCCACCUGGCCCGCCACCAGCGCACCCACGCCCGCCAGCACUUCCCGGAGCCGGCCGAGCGGCCGCGCCAGCAGGCCGGGCCCCCAGGCGAGGGGCACGGGGGCGAGGAAGCCGACGAGAAGCAGGUGCUGCUGCAGGCGGACUGGACGUUGCUGUGCUUGGGCUGCCACGAGGCCUUCGAGACCAAGGGCGAGCUGAAGGCCCACAAGUGCUUCAAGGCGCGGGGCCGGGCUGGGCUGGGCGGCGCCCAGCGACACCAGUGCAGCGUGUGCCACAAAUUCUUCGCCCGCCCCUGGUCCCUGUCGCGCCACCGCCGGGUGCACACGGGCGAGAAGCCGUUUGCCUGCCCCGACUGCGGCAUGGCCUUCCGCCUCUCCUCCUACCUCAAGCAGCACAGCCGGUGCCAUGGGGCCGGGGCCGGGCUGCCCUUCGGCUGCCCGCUCUGCCGCCAGCGCUUCCGCAAGGCGGGCGAGCUGGCCAGCCACCGGCGGGCGCACGGGGAAGCCGCCCCCGGGCCGGAGCAGCCCCACAAGGGCUCCGAGUGCAGCGUCUGCGGGAAAGCCUUCAAGAGCAAAUACGACCUGGCCACCCACUUCCUGAUCCACACGGGCGAGCUGCCCUACCCCUGCGGCCAGUGUGGCAAGCGCUUCCGGCGCCUCUCCCACCUCAAGCAGCACCAGGUCACCCACACGGGCGCCCGGCCCUUCCAGUGCGUGCUCUGCCAGAAGGAAUUCAAGCGGCUGGCCGACCUGGCCCGCCACCGGCAGGUCCACCAGGGGGACAAGCCCCACCAGUGCGGCAUCUGCCACAAGUUCUUCUCCCGCGCCUACAGCCUCCUGCGGCACCAGCGCGGGCACCGGCCCGAGCUCCUGGCCGCCGCCCGCCCCGAGGCCUUCCUCAGCAACUCCUGCUUCGACAGCCAGGACCACUCCGCCUUCUGCAUCCCCGAGGAGGAGGAGGAGGAGGAAGGGGGUGCGGCCGGCGGCUCUGGGGAGGGCUCAUGACGUGCAUUCUGAGCUGGAUUUUGGGGGGGGGUGUGGCGGGAUCCCCUGGGGCCUGGUGUGGGGGGACCCCUGGAUCAGAGUUGCAAGGAAAGGGUCCAAAGCCCCCCCCCCAUCUCCUGAGCCAGUCCUUGAAAUCUACUCCUGGGAGUUGGGGGGGGGAUGCAUGGAGAUAUAUUGGGGGGAGUGGGGGGGCAGAGGAGAGGGCUGGGGGGGCCAAAGGGAACAGACCCUGUAAGAGGGUAAGAUGAGGAGGAGGGGUAUUGGGUGGGGUCGUCCCACACCUCUGUUGCGGGGGGGUGUCAGAUGUUGAGAUCUGGGCGGGGGGGCUGGUUAAUAGCCGAGGGGAGGGUGAAUUGGGGAGCAGCCCAGCCAGCACCGAGGAUGGAAGGACAAAGUGAGGAAUGGCACACGGGGCCCCUCCCCUCUAGGGGGCGCUGGCCCCAGGGUGGGGGCUAGCUGGCCUUGGGCAGGGGGCAGGGAAUGGGGCCUCUCCCCUCCAGGGUUAGAUACUAGGCUAAAUGGCCCAUGAGUCUGGGGCGGGGGGGGAUCACACCAUGUUCUGGGAUGAAGGAAAGGGGUACCCCUAGAUGGGGCACGCCAUGUUCUGAGAUGGGGGGAGGGGGUACCCCUAGAUGGGGCACGCCAUGUUCUGAGAUGGGGGAGGGGCUGCCCCUAGAUGGGUCACGCCAUGUUCUGGGAUGAGGGAAAGGGGUACCCCUAGAUGGGGCAUGCCAUGUUCUGGGAUGGGGGGAGGGGUGCCCCUAGAUGGAUCAUGCCAUUUUUUUUGGGGGGGGGGAAGUGUCAGGAUGUAGAACUGUGGGUCCAGGAGCCCCACCCAUCCCUGUCCCGCUGUGAUCCCUGAGGGCAGCGAAGGGCCUAGCCCCCAUCCCCCCCCCUAUGUCCCCCUGUGGUUCCCUGACCCACUGACACAGGGCCCUGCCCCAAGCCCUGCUCUCCCCCCAGACUGUUUAGCAUCUCACUGGGGGGGGCAGUCACGGGGUGGGGGGAGGGAUGGGAAAUUGGUUCCCAUUGAGAUGGGGGGGAGGGGUGCUCUGCAUCUCAGCCCCCAGGGGUAUUGGGGUGCUGGGACCCCCAGCAUGCAGCUGGCUUCCUGCAGCGACGCUGCGGGGUUCACACUGGAUGCAGAUCUGCUGGGUUUCUGCCAUCGGGGGCCUCAGGGUCAGGGUGGCGCAGUUUGGGGGGAGUCAGACAGGGGCAC